UCCUUCCCUCCCUUCUUACCGGCGCCCGCCCCCAACCCAGGCUCAGUUUCCCGGGAGGGAAAGGGAACCCCUCCGCAUUCUGCAACUGGCGCUCGCUGGCCUGGAUCGAUCCGAGGGGCACAGAAGGAGCCCAGCCGGAGGAGGAGAAGACAAAAGACAGGCAGGCAGUCCAUCUAUCCGCCCUCUUCGGCUUCAUCCCUUAUUGGUGCAAGAUCCCAGCCGCGUCGGUGGCGUCGAGGACUACAGCAGCCCAACGCAGCAGCAGCCGCGGCCGAGCAGAACCGGGGAGGGCAGGCAAGCAAGAGGAGGGCGUUUGUAACCAGGGACGACCGCGGCAACACUUGGCACAGCUCUGGGCAGGAGAGAGAAAGGGAAAGCUGAGCGGAGAGACUCUCUUUUCCCCCCCUUUGCAAAAAAAAACCCAACAACAACAGAGCAGGUUGGGGAGGAAGAACAAAAAAAGAAAAGGAAGCAAGAAAGAAAUCCAUUCAUCAUUGGCCUUCGGCUUGCUGGCUUCUUGUCUUUGGAAUUCUCCCUCCCUCCCUCUUUCUCUCUCCUUCCUUUCCUUCCCUUCUUCCUGUUGUUUUCUUUUGGGGACGUCAGCUUCCCUCCCCCCCCACCAGCCCGUUAUGGAGCCAAGGGCUGCUUGUCAUCUGCAGAUGCUCCUUUGAAGACCCUCGAGAGACGCCCAAAGAAGGACUCGGUCGGUCUCCGAACCUCUCCGGAUUGCAGCGGAUCCCUCCCACCCGUUUUUCCCCCCAUCCCCCCCCCGCUCUCCUGCGGCUCGUGUGGGGGAUUGCAGGGAGACCGAGAGGGUCCGCUUUGGAGGGCCAGGCGGUCCCUCUCCCCCUGGACUUUGCCCCCCUGCGGGCAAGCUUCCUAUAUGAGUCUUCCUCCAGCCCAGGAGAGCCAUCGGGCCCAAUUGAUGCCUUGCUGAGCCUGGAAGAGCCUGGAUUCUCCACCAUGGGCAAAUCGAACAGCAAACUCAAGCCUGAAGUAGUGGAAGAGCUGACCAGGAAAACAUACUUCACAGAGAAAGAAGUCCAGCAAUGGUAUAAAGGCUUUAUUAAGGACUGCCCGAGUGGCCAGUUGGACGCAGCCGGAUUUCAGAAAAUCUACAAGCAAUUUUUCCCAUUUGGGGACCCUACCAAGUUUGCAACCUUUGUUUUUAAUGUCUUUGAUGAAAACAAAGAUGGAAGAAUCGAGUUUUCCGAAUUCAUCCAGGCCCUUUCAGUCACGUCCCGAGGAACCCUGGAUGAAAAACUGCGAUGGGCCUUUAAACUGUAUGACUUGGAUAAUGAUGGCUACAUCACAAGAAAUGAGAUGCUGGAUAUAGUAGAUGCUAUUUACCAGAUGGUGGGUAACACGGUGGAGCUGCCGGAAGAGGAGAACACACCGGAGAAGAGGGUGGACCGGAUUUUUGCCAUGAUGGACAAAAACGCUGAUGGGAAAUUAACGCUGCAGGAGUUCCAGGAAGGUUCGAAAGCCGAUCCUUCCAUCGUUCAGGCCCUUUCCCUUUACGACGGACUGGUAUAGUUCCCCCAGUCUAGGCUUUGACGCAUCGAGAAGUCCUUCUUCCAGUGACAUCAAGCUGCCUCCCCCAACGAGACCUUUGUCUGACGUUACUCUUCCGUUACUCGCAAGCAAGGGGCGUCUUCCAAGUCCGACCUCAGCCUCAAAACCCCCUUUUUCUGCUUGGAAUCGUCCCAUAUCGGCCGAGCGACUGCUUUGAUUACCAUCAUUAUUUUAUUAUUAUUAUUUUUUAAAAAAGAGAGACAGACAAAGGAAGGGCAGAGGGUGGGAAUCCUUUAUGGGAUGGAGACAGUUCUGGCAUACAUUGUCCCCCUUUUGCGUUUUGUCUGGAAUGAACUUGAGAUUUCAUAUUUCUUCCCUGGGGGGCAGCGGGUGGGGUGGGGCGGAGGGAUGGAAGGGACUGGAGAGGCUACUGAUUAAGUCAGACUGGAAAAGCAGGCGGGGUGUGGGUGGGAGUACAGGGGGAAGGCAAAAAGCAAAACAAAAAAAAAUUGUGAAUCAAAAUCUGUUUGAAAAACUCAUUUUUCUCCAUAUCAUCUGGAUUUGCUGCAAUUUGCAUCGCUCGGGAUUGCCUGCCCCCCACUCCCAAGUCUGCAUGUACAAAGCCCCUUUUUAAUGUUCCGAGUGAUGCACAAAAAAACCCCCCUCCCAUCUCCUUUGGAUAUGAUUUGCCUCUUUGUGUGUGUGUGUGUGUGUGUGUAUGUAUGUGUAUUUCUCUUUUUGCAGACCGCUGCCUUAUUUAUUUGACGCUUUCAUAACGGGCUUGUCGCCCGAAGGAUCAUCAAACACCGAAAAUGGGGUGGGGUCUUUUUUUCCCCUCUUUUGCGGGAGAAAUUUAAGCCCUGAAUCUGUAAUCACGCACACUUGGCAGCCUGGCUGAAGUCGGAAGGGGGUUAAAUUCCGCCCCCUCCCUUUUUUUGUGUGUCUUUUUUGUUGUCGUUGUUGUUUUGUCCAUCACAACUGUUGUGUGAGGCUUCACUUUGGAUGUGGGGCGGGAGGGUUGGGAAGUCAUUGCAUCCUUGCCUUGCUUUUAAAGAGCUUCAAUGCUCCGAACUCCGAUCUCACAAACUUCCAUUGCCUGCAUAUUAAAAAAAAAAAAAAAAAGGAAAAAAAAGGAAGAUUAUUUCUUAUUUCUUUUCUCUCUUUUUUUGGACAAAAGAGAACUUGGACCCUUUUCAAUAGUCAAGGGCUGGGAGGCAUUUCUAAUUUUUUUAUUUUUUAUUUUAAAGAAAAUAAUGGGCUAUCUUUAAUAAUAACGCCAUGAUGAUUUAAACCGAGUUCUUGAUUUACGAUUCGAGUUCUUGAUUUAUGAUUCGGAUUGGAACGUCCCCGUUGUUAAACAAGGUGGACGUUAAGGUGUCGUCUUCUUCUUCUUCUUUUUUUUUGGUCUAAAACGAAAGUGAAAGUAAAAAAAUACCUUUAAAAAGCUUCAAUUCAUUUCUCUAAACACUCUAAACACUAACAAUAAUGGAAUGCCCCUGUUGGACAUAUAUAGCAAAUACAUCAAGCACAUGCUGCCCCCUUGUGGCUCAGCUGGGUACUGCAUCCCUCUGAGUAAACUAGGGAAAGUUUUUAAUAAUUUAGGAAAUGAUGCCACCUGUUGGCUGACAUGCAAUUGCAGGGCCCAUGGGUAAAAUAGAUCAAGGUAGUGCAAUUCUAGGGCAGCCUUUCUCAACUUGGCAACUUCAACUCCCAGAAUUCCCCAGCCAUCAGGUUUCAAGACUUCAAUUCCCAGAAUUCCCCAGCAUGGGGAAGGCAUGUUGACUUCAACUCCCAAAAUUGCCCACUCGGGCAUGUUUUAAGAUGUGUGGACUUCAAUUCCCCACCCCCCCUUGAAUUCCCCAGCUAGGAAUUCUGGGAGUUGAACUCCAUACUUCUUAAAGUGGCUAAGAUUGAGAAACACUGCUCUGGGACAUACCAGAUGCUGCCCUCCAGUGGCUGACAUAGGGACUAACAGAUUAAAAGUGGAGAACAGGGAAAUGUAUUGAACCAUACUGCCCCCUGGUGUGUCACUUGGAUAUUUCGCCCGUCCAUUGAGAAAAUAUUGAAUUCUAUUGCAACCAUUGGCUACUUUGUGUAUUGGAGAUUUAAUCAGGAAAAUUGGGGACUGUAUUGAAUGCAUUGAUAACAGAUCCUGAUACUGAUUUGAAAUCAAAUGUCCAUUUCCAUAUAUAUAUAUAUACUUGUCUAUUUGAUGUCUUUUCCCUAUGCUGAUUAAAGCUUUUACAGCUGAUAGGUAA